AUUAUCAAUAAGGCCCAACGCAGACGACACACUUUUUGUGCGAUCGAGUCUGCGGCGCACAAAAAGUCUGUAUGGCGCGCAAAAAGUCUGUCGCGGAUUUUUGACGGACUCAACGCACACGACGCACAUUGUCAAUCAUUUUGUCGGCAGAACUGUAGUGCCGUACACGCCAUGGAAGUGCAAAGAUUGCGAUGUAUUAUUUUAUACUUGAAGUACAAAAAAAGAAGACGAAAUAGAGAAUUUUGGGUACAUCCUAUACUUUCGGAUAGAUUACUGAAAGGACAAUUCCAUAUUAAACAUUCAAUUCUAAAACAAUAUCCAGACAAAUUUUUUAAAUUUUACAAAAUGUCUAUUACUACAUUUAAUGAGCUGCUAUUAAUUUUAAGUCCUGCUUUGACGCAUUCGGACACAACAAUGAGAAAAUGUAUUGGACCAGAAGAAAGGCUGUCUGUGACUCUCAGGUAUUUAGGACGAGGAAUGUCGUUCGUCGAACUCGAAGAAGCUUAUCUGAUUGGAGCAACUACUAUUCGUUCUAUAGUUGAGGAAACCUGUACAGCAAUUUGGGAACUAUGCAAAAGUGAAUGCUUUCCUGCUUUUACAGUCCAGAGAUGGCAAGAUAUUGCGAAAAAAUUCCAUGAUAAAACUCAAUUUCCAAAUUGUUUAGGGGCGGUAGAUGGGAAGCACAUACGUCUUAAGAUGCCGCCAAACUCGGGCUCUAAUUAUUACAACUACAAGUCAUAUUUUUCUACAGUACUGAUGGCCGUUGUUGAUGCUAAUUACUGUUUUACAUUUAUUGAUGUUGGCGCCUAUGGAAAAUUCAGUGACUCUAACAUUUUUAAGAACUCCACACUAGAGAAAGGAAUUCUGGAUGGUAAAAUACCUCUACCAAAUAAACAAAAACUUCCCGGUGAUUUGAACGGACAACCAAUGCCGUUUGUAUUUGUAGGAGAUGAAGCCUUUGCAAUUUCAUCACACGUAAUGAGACCUUUUCCUGACCGCCAUUUGAGCGUCCAACAGCGCAUUUUUAAUUACCGGUUGUCCAGAGCCCGAAGAAUGGUAGAAUGCGCCUUUGGAAUUUUCAGCAGUAAAUGGCGAAUAUUUCAAAAAAGUUUAGACGUAAAUAUGCCGUUAGCAAUAAAAAUAAUAAAAGCAGGGUGCAUUCUCCAUAAUUUUGUAAGAAAAAGAGACGGGAUUUGUUUUGAAGAGGCGUUGUAUACAUGCCCUUUUGAAGAUAUAUCUAACAUAGGUGUGAGAGGGACAGAUAAUGGAAUGGAAACGAGAAAGUAUUUUGCUAAUUAUUUUACCUCUUCUAUGGGAAGUGUUUCUUGGCAGUAUAAUAAAGUGUAAUAAAAAUAUACCUACCGAAUUUUGUUUUUUCAUUAGACGUCAUCGAUGUCCAAACAGGAGCGGAAUAAAUAUUACAGCAAACUUCAUCCCACAUUUUUCUUUUUAAAUUUCUAUCAUGAUAUUCUGGCUUGGAAGUAUCAUAAAUUGCUGGUCUGUUUUGUAUUUCUUGUAUUAGCAUCGAUACAUCGAUGUCUGGCGCCAUGAUGUAAUACCGCGCGUACGUCGCGAGCGCAGGCUGCAGACUAAAGUGCGUGGCGUCUGCGUUAGCUCGGGUGGAAACAAGCGUUGUAUUUUUUUCGCAUACUUUUUGCGCGGCUCGGCGCGGCGCGGUGUGGCGCGGUCUGCCAGAAUUACACGGAUUAUUUGUGCGCAGGACUUUUUGUGCGUCGUGUGCGUUACUGCAUACGAUUACAUAGGUUCUAUUUUCACAGACUAAAAAGUCUGUCACGGUAGUGUGUCGUCUGCGUUGGGCCUUAUGAUGAUGAUUGAUGAAUUUGCAAUAUAAAUGACAACAUGACCGGUAAUUUAUCAAACAGAUAAAAACUGGAAAAAAAUCUCUAUCUUUGAUUUUUUGUUUUUUAUCAACAAAUCUUCAUAUUAUAUAAAUAUGUACCUAUCUCAAAUAAUUAUGUAUGUACCUACCUAAUACAGUAAAAAAAUUAGGUACUUUUGGGAAAGUAAUAAACAUAGACCUCGUAAAAAUAUAUACGAAGACAAUAACUUGAAAAUUAAAAUAUAAAAAUUAACAACAUAAAAUUAUUUGUUUAAUAUUUUUUUUAAUUGUAGGUAUCAAAGUUGUUAACAGACCGCUGACAUUUAUUUUAAUUGCAUUAAAAUUAAUGUAAAUCAUAAAUAUUAAAUAUAAUGUAAUCUUAAAUAAUUAAGAAUUUGAUAAAAAAAAAAUUAAAAAAAAUGCUUAUGGAAAUCUUUUUACACUUCUACUGGGUCAUAUUUUACAUAAACUUCAAUACUGUAUUCAAAGAAAUCAAAUAAAUUAAUAAAAUAAAAAGUUAUUCACAAAAGUUCUACAUCACGCUAACGAAAUGUUUAAGCGUCUGCGAUAUAUAUACGGCCGAUUCGCUUUAACUAUCGGGGAGUCCGUUUCUACACAGUGAGACAGUGACGCGGAGCGCUGUGCUAAACUCCGUACGUUCGCGCCUAGAGCGCGCUGGCGAAUCCAUUGAUGCUUAGAGUUUGUUGGUUGCUCUAGUUCUAUGUGAUGUGGCAAUGAGAACGAUUCUCAUGCAUUGACCCUAGCCCAUGUGUGGCAGGUGUUAGCAAGCCCGUGAGUGGCUUUUCAAGUUGUAUAGCCCAUGAAUGGCUUAAAAGUUGUAUUGGCUAGCCCUAGUGGCAGCAUUGAGUACUGCAGGAUCUAAUUCCUCGCCCCAACUGAUGUAGAAAAUUUGACUCUCUUU